CUCAUCCGCUCUAAAUAACUUCAUCAAAACUUCUUUCUGGUCAGAGUGAAGCAAUAAUUAUUAUUAACAAUUAUUAGCGAUCAAUAAGCUAGAUCACAUUAUGGCGAGCACUAUUAAGGAAGCAUUAUCAGUUGUGAGUGAAGAUCAGUCUUUAUUUGAGUGUGCCUACGGAACUUCCCACCUUUCUAAAACAGAGAUGACAGCCUCUUCUUCCAGUGAAUAUGGGCAAACAUCAAAGAUGAGUCCACGCGUACCUCAGCAGGAUUGGUUAUCACAGCCUCCAACCAGAGUCACCAUCAAGAUGGAAUGCAAUCCAAAUCAAGUUAAUGGCUCGAGGAAUUCCCCUGAUAAUUGCAGUGUGGCAAAAGGAGGAAAGAUGGCCAGCAGUACAGAAAAUGUUGGCAUGAACUAUGGAAGCUAUAUGGAAGAAAAACAUAUCCCACCACCAAACAUGACCACCAAUGAACGGAGAGUUAUUGUCCCAGCAGAUCCCACCUUAUGGAGCACAGACCAUGUACGCCAGUGGUUGGAAUGGGCCGCCAAGGAAUAUGGCCUACCAGACGUGGACAUCUUGUUGUUUCAGAAUAUUGAUGGGAAGGAAUUGUGUAAGAUGACCAAAGACGACUUCCAGAGGCUAACACCAAGCUAUAAUGCAGACAUUCUUCUCUCCCAUCUACACUACCUCAGAGAGACUCCUCUUCCACAUUUGACUUCAGAUGAUGUUGAUAAGGCCUUACAAAACUCUCCACGGUUAAUGCAUGCUAGAAAUACAGGAGGUGCAGCUUUUAUCUUCCCAAAUACUUCAGUUUAUCCUGAAACAGCACAAAGAAUUCCCACCAGGCCAGAUAUACCUUAUGAACAGGCCAGGAGGUCAGCCUGGACAAGUCAUAGUCAUCCUGCUCCCCAGCCAAAAGCAGCCCAGGCAUCUUCUUCAACCGUGCCCAAAACAGAAGACCAGCGUCCUCAGUUAGAUCCCUACCAAAUCCUAGGCCCAACUAGCAGCCGUCUUGCAAAUCCAGGGAGUGGGCAGAUACAGCUUUGGCAGUUCUUGUUGGAGCUCCUGUCAGAUAGCUCCAAUUCUAAUUGUAUCACUUGGGAGGGCACCAAUGGAGAGUUCAAGAUGACAGACCCCGAUGAAGUAGCCCGACGCUGGGGGGAGAGAAAGAGCAAACCCAACAUGAACUACGACAAGCUCAGUCGUGCUCUCCGUUACUACUAUGACAAAAAUAUAAUGACUAAAGUCCAUGGUAAGCGUUAUGCCUACAAGUUUGACUUCCAUGGAAUUGCUCAAGCCCUCCAGCCACAUCCUCCAGAAUCAUCCAUGUACAAAUAUCCCUCAGACCUGCCCUACAUGAGUUCCUACCAUGCACAUCCCCAGAAAAUGAACUUUGUUGCUCCCCAUGCUCCAGCUUUGCCUGUCACUUCCUCCAACUUUUUUGCCGGACCCACUCCAUACUGGAAUUCACCAGCUGGAAGUAUCUAUCCUAACACUAGGCUUCCAGCUACCCAUAUGCCUUCUCACCUUGGCACUUACUACUAAAGAAAGAAAAAUAUUUUAAAAGAACAUUUCUCCAAGGAAUAUAAUGGAUUAUAAUGAAUUUUAUUGGAGGAUAUGAACAAAAAGUGCCUAAAAGACAUGACAAGGUUGACUCGGACAGAAAAAUGCCAUAUAAAAUGCUUUUUUCUUUUUUAAAAAAAUAUAAGGAUUACAGAAGAGUAUUGAAGAAGUUUAAAGAUGCUACUAUGUAAAAAGUAUGUUGACAUCAAAUUUACAGGUCAAAUAAUGAAAUGCUGUUCAAGGUAAAAAUAUGUGAUGAUAAACUACAAAAUGAGGGUCAGAAAAGGUUUAUAAGCUUUUAUGUCACAUUUGAUAUCAUUAUAAUGCAAACUGGGACUCUACUACAGCAAUAUAAGGAUAAUUCUAUUAUGAACUAGGAUACAGUACAUGCGUAUAUGAAUGCAUAAAAAACUACCUGUACUUUUUAAAUUACAAACUUACGGAACAGUGUCAUAGAUAUUUGUCUUAAGCAGAACCUGAUUUUGAGUGCAACAAUUAGCUGAGAUGAACCUAAAUGCAUUCCAUUAUUAAGAGGGCAAUAUCAGCUAUUUCAAAACUGUGAAGAAAAUGCAAGCUUUACGAUUCCUUGACAGUGUUAAAGAGCUCUGAGCCAAAUACUGGGAUUUGAGAAUGUGCUGAAGGACAAGUGUGUGAUUGUAGACUAAGGACACAACAUAUCAGGAAGUCCUCUUGUGCAAGUUUUAUUGAAAUUAAUGGAGCUGCACAAGAACCCCUGGGUCUGAUACAUGAAGUAGAAAGGGGUAAGAGGAGGAAAGAGUCAUAAGAGUGAAGGAGACAACAUUUCCUUUAGAGAUAGGGGAAACUGAAAACUGAACAGUAUUUGAACUAUGAAGAAUUACUUGUUUGGACUUGAGAAACAUUGUGCUGACUAUUAUGCCAUUUGCAGUAUUAUCAAAGAAAAGACUUGAUUUUUUUUAAGUCCAAGAAGAGAAAAGUUUUAGUUUCAGAGUAUGCAUCUCUUUAUAAAAAUGUAAAACUGGAAUUGUCUAAUAUUUAAAAGUAACGCUUAGGACCUCAUUUUUCUUAAGGGAAUUUGUUUUCUACUGGUUGAAGGUAAGAGACAAUCCCCAGUUGCCAAAGUCUGAAAUCAUGUAGAUAUUUGUUUUAGGCAGCGCCAGUUUUUCUUUUCCGAGUCGCGAACGCUGUGCGUUUGUCAGAAUGAAAUAUACAAAUCAAUGUUAUUUUUUCCCUUUUUAUAUAAUAAUUAUAUAACUUAUGCAUUUAUACACUACGAGUUGAUCUCGGCCAACCAAAGACACAGAAAGGGACAAUCAGAAAUAUUGUGGCCUUGAAUUUUAACUCUGUAUGCUUCAUGUUUACAUUAUGAACAUAACUAGUACUUAGAAAGCAGAAUGUAUGUAAUAAAAUAAGCUUGGCCUAGCAUGGCAAUUCAGAUUGACACUGUAGUCCGCAUGUUCAUCUUUUUUGUGACUCUUAUGGCAACUAUGUUUUGUUCCAAAGUAUAAUUUUUCUUUUUUAAUUGUCUUCAAAAGUGUUCUGUUUGUUUAUAAAUGUGGGCAGUCUUGCAAAAGCUGCACAUCUGCUCUUACAAAAGAGGAAGGGAAAGGGGGCACAUUGGUUGUUGAUUUAUUUUCCACACAGUUCAGCUAUAGCAGUGAUCAAUGCAAUUCAGCAGGUCAAGUGGCAGUAACAACCAGGUCAGGGGUUGAUGGAUGCUCUAAGAUCAUAUAAUGCUAUUUGUAGUCUGCUUUUACAGAGAAAUAUUUGCAGCUAGUGCAGCCAAUCAAAAUUAAGGCACCACUUCUUUCCCCUUUUAAUCUCUGCCAUCUCCUGCUUGUGAUCCCCUGAUUUUAUAUAUUUAUGUACACACAGUAUAUAUAACUAUACUCCAUUGUUCAAUAUAAAGAGAAAGGGGGAAACCAGGAUUAAACUAUUUCAGCAAGGAACUGUGGUAGAUUAAAUAUAGGAACAGACCCAUCACUAAUUAGUCCUGCUUUAAUGAGUGUGGAUGCAUUCUUUGAAGCCACUGGGCAUUCCAUCCUAAGGGUGGAAGUAGAUGGUACAGAGAAUGUAAAGCUGCCAUCAAAAGCAGCAGAGUCACUUAUUCUCUUUCCCUGGUAACAUCUCAUGAAACAAAUGUGUUGUGUGAUGUCAUUGCUCCCUUCAGUUUUCCCAAUUUCAUUGAGCUGACCACUAUGAGAACAGAAUGUUGGACUAGAUGGGCUAUUGGCCUGAACCAGCAGGCUCUUCUUAUGUUCUUAUGACUGCUGCUUGCAAGGGUGGGGAAACUUUGAAUGUGAUGAUGUCAUGUCCAGUUUGUUUCAAUGGGCAUUAUCAGAAGACAGGGGAGGAGAGUUCUUUCUGAGAAGCAGCCACCAUGCAUUUGUAUGUCUAUUUUCAUACUAAAAAGUGCAAUUAAAAUACUUCUGAAUUGGAAUACUACUACCCCCGCAUUCCUGCUUCUUAGUCUGCUUGCUCCACUUUCUUGCCUCUUAUCAAUAGUACACAAUUUACUCUGUUCCAACUCCCCAUUAAAAAAAAAAAACAUUAUUUGUCUAAAUCUACUGGAGAAAGAAGGACUAAAAACAAAACACAGUGAAAAGGACUCAAAGUAUAUUAUUAAUCAUAGUUUCUUUUACUGGGUUUUGAACUUGAGUAUUAGUGAUAUUGAACGUUUCAAUCAUCUCUUGAAAUAUCAGAAUUUCUUGCUACAAUAUGCACUGUAUCAUUGUUAAUAAUGGAGAAGCCCAGUUAGCAAUGAAGAAUUCCAGUUAUUCAUGGUUUAAAACUAAGCAGGUAGCAUCUACUACACAUGAAGAUUUAUUAGGACCAUCUCAGAUUUUGUUGUAAUUCCUCAUAUACAUGCUUUACAUAUUUGCUGUGAAAUAAAUUUCAUAGGACUAAUAGAGCUUACUCCUAAAACAACCGUAUGAACCUUAUUCAUUCAAAUUAUGUAUUUGCUGAAAGUAAAACUAAUUUAUAUUACAAAGUUGUAAGUCUGGCCUGUAGAAUGAACCAUUGUUCUACCCUGUUUGUACCUUCUGAUCUAAGGGAGUUGUUAUACUAAACAACUGAACAGUUCUAACUAAAUAAAGUCUUAGUUAUUAGCAUCCAGACCUUGCACAGUUUGCAAGAAAGUAGAGCUAUCCCGGUGCCAACCCAGACAUUUUGCUGCCCAGAGGGGCCCAAAUGCAUAUCCCCAGCUAGGUUAAAACAUUUUUAAAAGUCUUGUAUCAUUCAGGCACCCCCAUUCAUCUAUCUUUCCCCUCAUGGUGAUGCUGAAACCUGCAGCUGAACCCUUUGACAAUUGACUUAUGUGACCACAGGAAAGGUAAAAACGAACUUGAACAAAGGCACAAUAAGACCAUCACAACUGGAAGCAGUGGGGUGGAAUUUUCCAAUUAAAAUCCGGUACUUCCCAUCCAAAUAGGAAGAGUUAACUUAUUAGCCCACUGAUUGUGAUGGAAUGCAAAUUUAAGUUAAGUACUCAGGUCUGAGGAUUCAGUUGCCUGUAAUUCUAGAUUUGACAGUUGUUGCAAGAUCCAUCACAAUAAUCUCUGAGCCAUAGGUGUUCAUGGAGGAAAUGGUUUGUCUAAAAUCUGGCAGACCUAACUAGGGUUAUGCCAUCUCACUUCUUAUUGCUGGUAUCACCAUAAGGAAGGCAAAGGACUUAGCUCACAAUAUUCAUGUGCCCACAGUUUGCCAAUUCCAGAAAGCAUUUCAGUCCUCUUCUGAGGAACUGAAGAUUAAACAUUUUCUCUCCCAGACUGUGUUGCAUAUGCAGUCUGUUCUACCUGAUUGUGUCCCCAUAUAAAGAUUAUGCGGACUAUUAGUGUCUGAUCCCAUUUUAAUGGCAACAGGAAGUGACCCUUUUAGCCUUAGCCUCUGGGAACCUUACUCUUUUGAUUUCAUUGCAGGACUAUUUAAGAGUUACUCAUUUAAGCCAGUCCCUGUUUCUGUGGUAGAGUUAUUUCAAAUUCCUCUGGCAAAUUUUCAAAGAGAACCAAGAUGUUUAAACCUAUAAAAUAUUCUGCAACUUCAACUUGAAAUAUAGCACAGGUGUGGGAAACCUUUGGCCCUCCAGAUGUUGCAGGACCAAAACCCCCAUCAUCUCUGACCAUUGGCUAUGCUUGCUGGGACUGAUUGGAGCUGUAGUUCAGCAACAUCUGGAGGGCCAAAAGUUCCCAACACCUGAUACAGCAAUUGCGAAUGAUUUCACUGGAAAAAUGGGGCGGCCAGGAGGGAACACUUCACAAAUCAGAGUAGAGUGAAGCUACUUUUCUCGUUUUGCAGUCUUGUUGUGCUUGAAAGAAACAUAUACUGAAUAAAUAUAGGACAAACAGAUUUAUUAGAGACCACUAUUUUGUAGAAGAGAGAGUGUUGCUUGGAAGGUACAACUGGUUCCAGA